CACGCAGGAGAUUGCCAGGUUGGGCAGAAACGAAAAGGCGAGCAAAGCUAUUUUACUCCCUCAAAACUGGAAAAGUGAGACAGAGCACGCACACGAAAAGGGAAUUUUUGUUCUGGCUGGCGUCCGUCUCUCGUUUCCUCUACUCUCUCCGGUGAACGGAAGUAGCCAACGUGGAAGGCAAGAGCAAAACGGAGCGGGAAAUGAGGUGAGAAUCGAAAACCAUGAAAGAACGAGCUCCCCGUCUCCCUUCCGUCGCCUCCAUCGCCGUCGCCGUGCUACUUGUCACCGGUCUCCGCACCGUCUACAGCGCCGAGUUCGAUGGAGACUACUCCAAACUGUCCGGGAUCAUAAUCCCUGGCUUCGCAUCCACUCAGCUCCGAGCCUGGUCCCUGCUCGACUGUCCUUACUCGCCUCUCGAUUUCAACCCUCUCGACUUGGUCUGGCUCGACACUACCAAGCUUCUCUCUGCGGUGAAUUGUUGGCUCAAAUGUAUGAUGCUCGAUCCCUUCAACCAAACAGAUAAUGCUGAGUGCAAGUCGAGACCUGAUAGUGGUCUCUCCGCGAUCACUGAACUUGAUCCAGGUUAUAUUACAGGUCCUCUUUCUUCUGUAUGGAAAGAAUGGAUUAAGUGGUGCAUUCAAUUUGGUAUCGAGGCAAAUGCAAUAAUUGCUGUUCCUUACGAUUGGAGGUUGUCACCAUCGAUGCUCGAGGAGCGAGACCUCUAUUUCCAUACCCUCAAAUUGACCUUUGAAACUGCCCUCAAACUUCGUGGUGGACCUUCUUUAGUAUUUGGUCACUCAUUGGGUAACCUUGUAUUCCGGUACUUUCUGGAGUGGCUUAAGCUAGAAAUUGCUCCAAAACAUUAUAACCAAUGGCUGGAUGACCACAUCCAUGCCUACUUUGCUGUUGGAGCUCCUCUUCUUGGCUCACCUGAGACAGUGAAAGCUACUCUUUUUGGAAACACAUUUGGGCUUCCUGUUUCUGAGUUGUUGUGUGUGAAUAUUGUUCUCACUGAUGUUUAUUCUUUGGCAAGGUCCCAGGGAACAGCUCGAUUAAUGUUCAAUUCUUUUUCUUCUUCACUGUGGAUGAUACCACAUUCAAAGUAUUGCACAUCCGAUAAUCCUUAUUGGAAACAUUUUUCUGGAGGAUUCAGAAAGAAAAAUCAAACAUAUCACUGUGAGGAGCAAGAAUAUCGUUCAAACUACUCUGGAUGGCCAACCAACUUGGUCAACAUAGAAAUCCCUUCUAUUCCUGGAUUUGAUGCCUAUCCAUCACUCCAAGAGAUGGUCGAAACAAACCUCUCUGCCAUGGAAUGUGGACUCCCUACUCAGUUAUCUUUCUCAGCCCGUGAAGUUGCAGAUGGAACUCUUUUCAGAGCCAUAGAGGACUAUGAUUCUGACACCAAGAGGCUAUUGUACCAGUUACAGAAGUAUGUAGCAGACCUGCAUGGAUCAAAAUUCUGGACUGUGAUUAUUCUUGUUGUUUUCUGCUUUUGGGUGCAAGAUGAUACUGAUCUCCUCUGGUCAUACCAUGGCGAUCCUGUUCUUAAUCCACUUACACCCUGGGAAAGACCUCCUAUUAAAAAUAUCUUCUGCAUAUAUGGAGUAGAUUUGAAGACCGAGCUAGAUAGUUAUAAUUGGCACAGAGUUCAUUCUUAUGAAUUGCUGAUGAUAGAUUUUGUAUUUGGAAAUGUCAAAGUAGAAGUGUUGUCACAAACUAAUCUUUGCCCCUUUAUCAGGUCUGGGAAUCUGGUUGAAGGGAAUCCAGGAGCUACAAGUGGGGAUGAGACUGUACCAUACAAUUCCUUAUCACUAUGCAAGAGUUGGCUUGGACCAAAAGUGAACAUAACAAGGGCACCCCAGGCUGAGCAUGAUGGAUCUGAUGUACAAGUAGAACUGAAUGUUGACCAUCUCCCUGAAGAAGAUAUAGUUCCCAACAUGACAAGGUCUCCAAGGGUAAAAUAUAUUACUUAUUAUGAAGAUUCCGAAAGCAUACCAGGAAAGAGGACAGCAGUGUGGGAACUUGAUAAAGCAAAUCAUAGGAACAUUGUUAGAUCUCCGGUUUUAAUGCGGGAGCUGUGGCUUCAGAUGUGGCAUGACAUCCGUCCUGAUACGACAUCAAAAUUCGUUACAAAAGCUAAGCGAGGUCCCCUAAGAGAUGAUGACUGCUAUUGGGACUAUGGGAAAGCUAGAUGCGCUUGGGCAGAAUACUGUGAAUAUAGAUACAUUUUUGGUGAUGUUCACUUGGGACAGAGCUGUAGAUUGAAGAAUUCUUCAGCGGAGACACUCUUGAAUUACCUAUAAGGCUAUAUGAAUUUAUUAGCAUAUUAAUCCACGUCCAUCACUGUAACCCAACCCGAAGGUACAAUAAGCAACCCUCUCGGUAGAGGGGGGCAGCUGGGUACUUAGGUUGUGUGGAAGUUCCAAAUUAUAGUACAUUGCUCUUCAGCGCAAGCAUUAGAACCACAACCUCGAGGAUUUGAUGCUUGUUUUCCCCUGUAUCCAUUGGCCGAGGCUCAUGGACGUGAAUUCAAUCUAAACUUGGAUCUGCUGUUGCUGGUCCAGGUCAGACAGCUCAACAUGGUACCAGAGCAUUUGCACUCUAUGCUUUAAAAGGUAAGUUCUGGGUUAAAGCUCUGUAACCGUUAAACGGAAAGCUAAAAGUGUGAGUCCAGAUUUGUUGUUGUUUUAUUCUUGUAGAUUGCUUGUUGGACUGGAGACUUUUAUUCAUUAUGUUGAACAGUUUGAUUAGUAAGCCUAAUUUGAGGCCAGAACAAUGAGGUGGUCAGUCAUUGAAGGAUCUGUGAUUGCUUUGCAAUCUUGGCUCCUGUAAUGUCACAUUUGAAGGAUCUGAUUCUGUUAAAAAUGAGUUGUUAUAUGGUCAGCCCUGUCGUUCUCCUUGCCCUAUCGUCUACAACCAUAAGAGGUAAGGUGAUCAUCAAGGGGUCAUUUUUCAAAGUCCACUUGAGGGGUAACCGAUUUUGUGGUUUUAUGCGGAUAUGGGCGGGUUUGAAACAAUCCGCUACAUGGUGGAUGUAGGAGAAAAAAACCUACAUCCACCCAUGCAUGUACUAGUGGAUGGGUUCCUGCCAUCCGGG